UCGAAUUUUGCAGGUUUACAGUGUGAUGUAGCUAUUAAUGAAUGUGCUCGUAAACCGUGUCCAGUACAUAGAAUGUGUGUACCGGAUUCUUCUCCUCUGGGUUACAGCUGUGAUUGUCCUCCAGAAAAAAGUGGUCCUUUAUGCGAUUGGGAAAAAGAAAUAUUGUGUGAAGAAUCAAGCUGCUAUGAAGAAAAGAAACCAAUUUCAUUUGGAGGCAAGAGUUACGCAUGCUACAUUUUGGCAGCAUCGAUCGAUCGUCACCUUAGUGUAGUAUUACGAAUAAGAACCAAACAAUCGACUGGAAAUUUGAUGUUUGCUGCAGGAGUACAAGAUUAUAGCAUCUUAGAGAUCGAAAAUGGCCUGAUCCGGUACAGACUGGACUGCGGUAGCGGAGAAGGCGUGAUAAGGGUGGAAAGAGCGCCGGUGAACGACGGCAAUUGGCACGAGAUACGUUUGGAAAGAAGAGGAAACACGGCGGAAUUAGUGGUGGAUCGGAGACAUCGAGCCUCGGGCACCUCGCCCGGAUUUUACGAAGUUCUAAACCUGGACGGAAGCGACGUGUACUUCGGAGCGGAGGUGCGUUCCGCCGGUUACGCCGACGUCAGAAUGGGAUUCGUAGGAUGCAUGGACGAAAUAUUAAUCAACGGAAUCUCCCUCCCUCUUCACGUCACGGCCGGAAACCCGGUGGCCACUCUCAGAAGGUUCGUCAACGUGGACUUUCAUUGCCGAACUCUUUUCGAUCCCGGCGUCUGCGGAAGCCAGCCCUGCCAAAACGGAGGAACCUGUCAACCCAGGGAAGACAGCUUUACCUGCCAGUGUCUGCCCAGGUUUCUGGGAACGUUCUGCGAGAUCGACACUAACCCCUGCGGUUCCAAUCCUUGCCUCAACGGCGGAACCUGCCGCAACCUCAACGGAAACUUUCAGUGCCACUGCCCUCCCGGUCUGAGCGGCAAACGCUGCGACUACGGGCGUUACUGCAACCCCAAUCCCUGUCGCAACAACGGCGUGUGCGAGGAGGGCACCGCCAAUCCCAUCUGCAAGUGCCCCGGAUUUCACGGAGAGUUGUGCCAGUACGACGUCGACGAGUGCCAAAAUAACCCCUGCGCUUCCGGAGCCACUUGCGUCAACGUGCACGGCGCCUUCCACUGUCGUUGUCCGCCCAACAUGACGGGAUCGCUGUGCACGGAGCACAUUUACGUAACUUCCGUAACUUCGUCCAGUUGGAACACGACGAUAGAAGAAAUAGUCGGAAUAGCCCUAGUUAUAUUUAUUAUUUUUCUAUUGGCCUUGAUGCUAGUUUGUUGUUGGAGAUACAGGUACAAAAGGUACCGACAGAGACCCAAUAACCAGAACGUCGAUCUCCCCGGACGCAACGAAUUUUUACUGAAGAAUCCGGUGGGAGAAAAAGAAAACUUGCAGAGAUAUAACAAAAUUACCAAUUUAGAGGUGACGACUAACUUUGCCACUCCCCCGCUUCCUCCCCGUCCCUCGUCUUACACUCCGACCACGCAGGAGUCUUUGACCACGCUGAACAACUUCGACAGAGUCCGUAGUUAUGGCAGUGCCGCCGACGAUCUCGAUCACGUGCCCCGGUACGCCGGCGACGUACAGCACAACGUCAACCGCACUUUACCCGUCAGCAUCGCCCCUAAUCUACCGCCUCUUCCCUCUUCUAACUCGGCCUCCGACAGCGAGUCUCUGCGCAAAAACAAUUGGGAACGCGACAACAGCAACCUCAACGAUAAAGUAUUCGAGGACAAAAUCCAAAUAGAUUUAGUCAAGCCAAAAUGCAAAGUUCUUUCGGCGUUGCAUCCUACACCCGCCGUGCCUUCCCGCGGUCCAUCCAGUCUGGGCGUGUCGUCGGCCGCCGCUACCAAUUCCGCCGACGACUUACCAGCCAAUCCACGGCACGGAGCGAAGAAAGAAAACAGAGAAGAUCUCCACUGGGACUACUCGGACUGGACUGCAGAUUCUGGCCGGCGCGACGCUUCCCACCGCCGACGUUCCCAAGAUUCGCGUGCCGACAGCCGGCGCCUCCGACUCCCUCCCCCGGCGGCGGGGGGAAAGUCCCCGGUCGACCCGCCCCGCCCUCCGGAUUCGCCACCCGAAACCGAAGACCCCGACCUUCCCGACUCCUACGUCGGCGACUCUGAAUACAACGACGAGGAAGCGGAUGCCGUCCGGACGACGGCCGCUCCCGACUUCCGGCGGCUGCUGUCCGACCUGGAGUUUGCGGACGACGGAGUGGACACUCCUUCUCCCUCGCCCGACAAGUACCGCAGCCACCCCGACAGGUACCUGCCCGCCCACUUCCCCUCCUCCGACACGAGUCCCGACUCCUCGCUCCGCCCCGGCGACGAGGACGAGGUGGUUCCCUACGGAUUUCCCUGUCAGGGACGUCGGACUUUCCACCCCGAGACGGAGAACGGCGAUCCCGCCUCGGCUCUGGAUUCGCUGUCGCUGUCGGUGGGCGGUUACGCCUCCACCGACGCCUCCUACUCCGACGUUUCGGGCGCCGUCUGCGAGAUCGACGACAGCGACGCCGACUGCGAGGCGGCGGGCAGGCGGAUGCCCCGCCUCUUUCGGGACAGGACCACGUCCACCGCAGUGUGAGGCGGUGCCCGAACUUCCUUUUUUCUUCUUCUUCCGGUCGCCCCCGGGGGCGGGCGGCCGGCCUUUUUAUAAGCCGAAGGUUAGACGGAAGGAGUCGUUAGCACUUUUUUUAUCGUCGCCCGACAUUUUAAACUCUUGAACUUUUUACCGACGCGCGUUUUGCCAAAUUCUUUCCUAUUACGAUUUUUGUAGCGGAGAAUCCGCCGAAAACCCACUGCCUUUCGAAUCGGGUCCGUCGAUUUCCGUCGGUAGACGAAACGUGCGUAGAAGAUAUUUAAGAGUCGUUUACUACCUACUUUAUGUAUAUUGCCACUUUAUGUAAAUAUGGCUGUCGAAUACAUCGGACAUUCCAUCCACUUCUCUGUGUGUGUCUGUCUCUCUCUGCCGUUCGGAUUGAUCCCACUUAACGCCUAACGUCAUAUACAUCCUACAUCGGAGGCCGUCCCCCGAAAAUACCUAAAAAUAAUUUUUGCCGUCGGAAAUUCUCUUGCGGAAGCGUCUUUAUCGUAGUUUUUCCACCCGGACUGUACGCGGAAACAGGUUUUAUCUCCACGCUCCCGUGGAAAAGUGUCCUUGCCUUUAAGUCUCCACCUCCGGUCUACACCACCCUGGCGAUACGUGCCCGGCGGAAUUGCCGAAGAAUCUGCGCCACCGGUUGCAGUUUUCGUCGUAUUAUACGAUAUUUACCCGUUUUAUCUGUCGUUUUCGCCCAUUAAGGCAUUUAUCGCCUUAUUUUUAUUUUCAAUUACGCGUAUCCGCUGUUGGAGUUUAUCGUUCGGGAUCCGGUAAGGCAUUAAUUGGCUUUCCAUUGUUUCUACCGGGAAAAAUUCCAUUCCACUUCCGACCGUUUGGGGUUCGAACGAGCUCGGAAGUAAGGGGCAAGCAAACGUGAUUGUGCGUACGUAUUAUAUUCACGGUGGGAAAUCUUUACCGGUAUACGAGUAUAACGUAUUGUGUAACGUUUGGCCGCGUGCAGUUUUUUUACACUUUAACGAUUUUAACAUUUUAAGCUAAACACCCGGUCUUAGACCCAGCGGGUGGGCUUUUUUACCGUCUAGGCCAAAUCCGCGCGUGGUAUUAACUGAUCGGCCCGGCGUGCGCGUCCGGGAGCCGCGCAGGUUCGACCUUCGGACUACGAUGCGGGUGCGGAAGAGGAAUCUUGUCGGUUUCUUAUUGGCCGAAUCUUUCCGGCUCAUCGGAUCCCGGGAGGCCAAAAUGUGGUUUCCGAGAAAACCCCGCUAUAAUUUACGCGCCGGUGGCCAAAAUUUCAAAUUAUUCCUUUGCCUAUCCCGGCGGUAAUCGUAGGAAUAAUUUGAAAAUUUCUCCGGAUGGGGGUAGGGAUAGGCGGCGGGUGUUAUCUUUGAAAUUUUGUUUUCGCGGAGGCCGUCCAAAGUUUAAAACAAUUUUGUUUUUUCAUAAUUUCCCCGGAUUAACCCGCGUUUAAGAGUUUCCCGAAUUUAAUGACUGCAGCCUCAAAAGACGGGACUCUCGGCUCAGUUUUAAAAAAGAACUGGAAACACUAUACCGGAAGGCGCUCUUUUUAUCGCAUUUCCCAUCUCCUCUUCCUAAUUUCGGUCGGACGUAAAACGCCCAUCGUUGAUAUAAACGUUUACAUUUGUUAAUUUCCGGUAAAGAGUUUAAGCCUUGACCGAUACCGCUCUCCUGGCGUGGCUGACGUGCGGCACUCCUCUUCGUAAUGCGGUUUCUUAUUGUACUGUACUGUACGUAAUAUAAAAGCUUCCUGCACGGCUUAUGUCCCUGAAGAUAUUUCGUACGCCGCCCAGUGGAGAUAUCGGAGUGUUGGGGCCUCGUUAUCCGGGCCGUCGAUACAGGCUUCUAUCGUAAUUGGUGUCGUUUUCACGCCCCUGGUGAUUACGUAUUUUUUUUCGCUUUGUCGCGCCUUAUCGUAGGAUGUUUCCGGUAUAAUAAACGAGCCAACGAAAAUUUAACUUUUAUCUGCUGUGUCGACAAACAACCACGUUAACAUUUACCGCGGUCGUUUGGAUUUUAUCUUUGUCCGAUUUGCCUUACCGCGAUAUACCGGCCUUUAAAUAGUACCGAGGGAAUGCGGACGAGAGUAGGAACCGCAUGUUUUGUCUUGUUUUUCGUGGUGUUGGUAACGUUAAACGUAUCGAUGGAUAAAGCUGAUGGCGAAUUUUACUAAGGAUUCUUACUUAUUUUCCUGUGUUUAGAACUCGAGUUUCUGCGUUAAAUACGUAUGUCGUUCUUUCGAUUAUAUUACUAAUGCCAAUCGUUUACCGCUGCGAACACGAUACCAUUAACCUAGCCGGCGUAACGUAAAAAGUACCCUUUGGGACGAGAGUACAAAUCAGCACUCUUGCCCCCCAAAUUACUGUUUAGUAAUACAGUAUUAAUAAAGUGUAAUUGGUUCAACUAGCUUGGUUAAUUGAACCUAUCCAUUUCGUUAAAUUAAGAUCGGCAAAUUCAAUUUAAAUUCAUUUUUAUAAUCGAGAUGGGUUGAUGAUAACGGUUAGGAGUUGAAAAAUUCCCCUAUGGGAAAGUGGAAAAGGAUUAACGUCUUAAUGUUCGAAUUUAUAUUUAUGAAUGUUUCUGGAAGAUCCGACUUAACCUAAAUUGCCAAACCAUCGCCUAAAUAUCGGGCUAUUAUAUGGCUACUUAAAUCAUUAGAAUAAAGCAAUUUGUCAUAGGAGGUAGGCGUUAGGCGCCAUCUCGUAAGUAAAUUAAUAAUUAAAAUUAAAUAAAUAAAUAAUUAAAUUAAAUUUAGAACUUUCUGGAAUAAAAGCUGGCCCGGGACGGGGCUUGAACCCGCAACCUCCGCUUGCUGUGCGGUGCGCUA